CACCUUUCAAAGGCAUCUCUCUCUCUUUCUUCCUCAUAACAAUAUUUCUUUCUCUCAUUCUUAUUCUUUCCUGCAACACCUUGUUGUACUCUCAUUCAUGGCGGUCUUGCAACUCUCACCCUCUCAAACCCACAAAGUACAACCCACAAAGCGUAGAAGAAGACAUCACCCACAAAACCCUAAACCAAAACAACGACACCAACAACAACAAACACUUCAAACAGCAUCACCAACAUCAUGGGACCAGAUCAAGAAUCUUCUGAAGUGCAAGCAGAUGGAUGCUGGCGGGUCGGAUCCAAAAAUCCAACCCGACCCGGUGAGGAACUCAAAUGGGUAUUCAAAGUUGAGUUCUUGUAGCUCCAUAUGCAGUUUUAGAGAUGUUGCUAAUGGGAAUACUAGGGUUGUUCAUAGGCCGGAUAACUCGCCGGAAAGUACCACUGUUGUUCAAGAUUCCGGUGUCCUCAGGAGGAAGAAGCAUCUGAGUAAUGGUGUGUCGUCGUCUUCUUCGAAUAAUGCGGGUUCUGAUAAAUCUAAUGGUCAUGGGAGUUACAUGUCGUCUUCUAGAGGCAUGCAGUUGAGAAAGCUCUCAGGGUGUUAUGAAUGCCAUGCUAUUGUGGAUCCUGCAAGGAAUGUUAUUGCAAGAAGUACAAUUUGUAUAUGUUCAGAAUGUGGAGAAGUGUUUCCUAAGAUCGAAAGCUUGGAACAUCAUCAAGCUGUUAGGCAUGCUGUAUCGGAGCUCGGGCCAGAAGAUUCGGGUCGAAACAUAGUGGAAAUAAUAUUCAAAUCCAGCUGGCAAAACAAGGACCAUCCGAUCUUCACAAUCGAACGUAUCUUAAAAGUCAACAACACACGUCGAACCCUCCAACGUUUCGAAGACUGCCGCAACACCGUGAAGCUACGCGCUACCGCCACCACCUCACGCUGCGCCGCCGACGGCAACGAGCUCCUCCGCUUCCACUGCACCACUCUCACCUGCUCCCUCGGCUCAAACGGCUCAUCCACCCUCUGCGGCUCCACGCCGAGCUGCGGCGUCUGCACCAUCAUCCGGCACGGCUUCCAAAGCCCAAAAUCCGGCGACGGCGGAAGAAAAGGGGUGUGCACCACCGCCAGUAGUGGUAGGGCCCACAAUUCUGAAGUGGUUGGGGCGGCGCGUGGGCUUAGGGCCAUGCUGGUUUGUCGUGUGAUUGCUGGGAAUAUGAAGCGCGUGAAGUUAGACGCGUCGCCGGAAGAAGAUGGGCCGUACGAUUCGGUUGGCGGGUAUCCCGGGUCAUACUCGGGUAUUGAGGAGUUGUAUGUCUAUAACCCGAGGGCCAUACUUCCAUGUUUUGUUGUUAUUUACAAGGUGUUGGAAAGUUGAUAUAUCAUAUUAUUUUAACUUUUGAAUUCAGUUUUAUAUUUAGUGUUUUGAUUAUUAGAGACCUAAACUUAAGUUGUGAUGAGAACUCUUUGAUUAUCUACUUAAUUUGUAUAUAAAGUUAGUGAGUUUGUAUAAUGUGUAGCUUUUAUAUGAUUUAA